CUUUCCAAACACAUCUUCCUCCUGUGUUCUUCUUCUUCUGCGUCCUUCUUCUCUUCCUCCUGCGUCGUUCUUCCUCAUGCAUGCGUUCUUCUUCUAUCCUUGUUCGGAAUUCAUCCUGAUAGAGAACGUAUUGAUCGGAUUUCUCCUUGUGCGUCGUUCUUUUUCUUGGUGCUCCAUCCGUUGUGGGUUUUCUGCUCCAGCCUAACUUUCUUCCAUGGAAUAAAAGAGGCACCGGGAGACAAUGCCAUAAUGGAAACUAUGAUGCUUUUGGAAGAAAAGUGCAUAUCAUUUUGUAAAAAAUAUCAAUGUAAAAUUUUAGAAUAGUAUGAAGUACUAGUGCACUUUUAUGUAUAUUUAAAUGCACAUGAUAAAAGUGCAUUUUAUUUUGUAAAAAAGUGUAUGUUUAUAAUUUUAGAAAGUGAAAUAAUAGUGCAC